AAUGAUUUAAAUUUUAAGGUAUUCCAUUUGUAAAAAUAUUAUCCCCUCGUUUUUGAUAUUUUUUAAAGGAUCAUCGGAUAUUUAGUGCUAGGUACACUGAUUUUAAUUUUGAUUGAUUUAAUUAUAAGCUUUACACUUGGAUUAGGUCCGCCUGGAGCCCCUAUGGGGCUACUGCCAGUCACAAGCCCGGAUAAAGGAGUAGGGUUGGGCAUGGGGUUAGCGACCCCAUCCCGUAGUAAACUAACUCGCUAAAAAACACUAACCAGAAAAAAUAAACUAUUUAAGUAAGUUUACACUUGAAUUAGGAAUAAUUUAUUAUAUACUGAAAGAUAGUGAAGUAAAUGGAUAUUAUUCACUUGAAUUUUCUAUGAGCAUAAAUUGAGGAAUUUUAAACAACUUGUACUUUGUAUUUCAGUUGUAAUUUGAUCAGAUCAGUUUUGUAUUAGACUGUGGGACAACAAUAGAAAGUAUAGUGAAACUAUAGACUUUUUAUUAUAUUCUGAAGAAAUUUGUCGGCAUAUUUUCUUGUUUUUCCAUGGGGUUUAUAUAUUGCUUUAAGAUGAGAUAUAGAUUGACACUAAUUGGAUUAAUAAUGUUAGGCAUUUAAAGGAGUUAUUGAGGUUAUGAGUCAGUGACGGAAAACCAGGAAAUGCUUGACAGUUGUUUCAUUGAAGUAUGAUACUAUUCAGUGCCGCACAUCCAUAAAUUCAUUAAGGUUUUAACCAAAGACAUUCAAACCUCAGUGAAUACCUGGUCUUCAGAUCAGUGGGUUGAUUUACAUUUCCAGUUUCAUUCAAUCCACAAUAAUUCUCUGUCAUCCUUCAUCGAAAUUAAUAAUACUAAGCCUUUCUUAACACUGAUACUCUCUAUUGAAGAUUUCUACUGUCCAGUGAUUCUUGAUUACCAAUACUUUCUUAAUUGAAUUCAAUCAGUAAUGUCAGAUUAUUAACUGUAUCUUAUAAUACUAUCGUUGUGAUUACUUAUAAACUGUGAUAUUAUGUUUUAAAUUUUCUUGAGUUUCGUCAAAUUACCAAUUCAAUGCCUAAAAUAUAUUUAUUUUCAAUGGUUAAGAUCAUGAAUCAUUUCAAACUAGACCACCAUGGAAAACCUGGAAGAGUUGGACGGCCGUUUCGUCAGUGCGCGCUGCUGAGGAAAUUACUAUAAUAUCCACAAAACCCAUCUAAUGUAUUUAUUUAUCAUUGAAACAAACGGAUGAUUUCUAUUGGUUGAUUAUUACUAACCAAUAGAAAUAAUAGUUACAUUAGUAAAUAUCAGCCAAUUAAAACUCAGUUAUAUACACUAAUUACACAUUAAAAACGAUACCACCUAUCUAUAUAUUUCUUAUACAUUUAAAUGUUGUAAAAUAGAGAAUUAUUAUUUGUUCUCCUUGGAUAAUUUCCCUAUCAUUUAAGAAAAAUACACUAUAUAAAGGGGUUAGAUACUUUUAUAAGGCAAUCAUAUAUUAAGAUAAAUUGUUUAAUUUCAAAAAUAAACGAAACAACAAAAUAGUGGAACCUAUUUAUUAUUAUCUGAGUAUUAAUAAUGCAUAAAUAUCAUCAUUAUAAUUUAUUUAGAUCUAAAAAGUAUAUAUCAAUCUUUACCAUUUAUGUAAUAUGUAAUAUAUUAUGCAUAAAUGGUGAAUUAUUAGAUGAUUCAUCAUUAUUAAUUGACUUUCCAUGUGGUCCACAUCCAAUUGAUAUGUUUCUAUCAAAAUUAUUUGAUUAUUUAGAAAAACAAGAAACACCAAUUAUGGAAUCCAAUGAAACUGAUGAAAAACUACAUAUUAAAAUGAUAUAUGCUAAAUUAUUAUAUGCAUUUACACCAAUGCCUAAAAGUAGUUAUUAUGUAUACAAUGAAAUUAUGAGAUCAAUUAAUAGUUGGAAUGAAUGUAUGAGUAAACAGCCAAGAUUGAAGAAAUGGUUAAAACGUAGAAAUUUCCUUCAAAAUGUCAAUACUAUUGUACGUCCAAAUACGGAUAAGUUAAAUUUUAAACAGUAAAUUGGGUUUUUUUUCCUAAAAAACAAACAACACAUACAAUAGCCUAUAGCAUUAUGUUAAGCAGAUGUAACUCAGUUUUCGUUGAUGUUGUUAUCAGUUGUUAUGAAUAUCUCAAAAACAAAUGAAUUGGAUCAUUCAAUGUGAUGUUUGUCACUAAAUAAUAAAAAGCAAUACAUUGAUAAGUUCUUAAACUGAUUUAUUGUUCGUCUGUGUGUGUGUGUGUACUUCUUUGAUUGAUUUAAAUGUCCUUCUGCAUUCUUCUACUUAUAAUGUAUUUUCCUAUAUACUCUAUAGUUCUACAAAUUUUGUACAAGGGAAUGUUUUAAUUAGUGGUUGUUAGAUUCGUCAUUAUAUUUACCAAGAGUGUUGUUGUUUUGUUCUCUUUGUCAAUGCAUUUUAUUUCUGUCUUCUCUUUCAUUGUUGUUAAUGUAUUAUUCUUUACGUUGACAAUAUAAACAAUAAUUCAUGAAUGUUAUUUUUUGCAUCGUCUAACUUAUUGCUAUUACUACGCUCAUGAUAAAGUGGUUGAGAUAUUGUAAUACUACUACUCCACAUACAAAAUGGAUAACAUUUUACUAAAUGAAAUCUAUUCUAUAAGUAAGUGUUAAUGUUAGUUACUUAGUUACAUCGUAAUUUGUAUUCGUAUGGCUGUGUAUGUAUGUGCAUGUGUCAAAGUGAUUUAAUUAUUAUCAAUUUCAAAACAACUACCAGAUGAAACUAUUCACACACACAUAUAUUCUGCGAUACGAAAACAAAUAUCAAGAAUAACAAUAAUGUUAAUAAUAAUGAUAAUAUUAAUAAUAAUAAAGUACCUCUUGGCAUAAUCAUUUACAGUAUUCUGUAUUUUAUAGUACCUAUGGUUUGAGUUAUAUAACUGUGAUUUACGUAUAUCUUAUCAUGAAAUAUUAUGUUUCGAGUAAAAUAAGUGUUGUGAAUAUGUGUGUUGGAUUUGAAUAAUUCAAUAGUGAAUUUAAGAAAUAACUUUACCCUUUAAUUGAUCGUUUAUUAAAACCAGUUUCAAAUUCUUGGUAAUAACUAAGUGAUAUUGGUCAAGGUGUAAUAUAUCUAUAAGUAUGAGUGACUAGUUAUUAAAGAUUGUUUCGUUUCGUCUGGAUGGUUGUUACCUCUGGCCAUUAAUUAACUAAUCAGUCUAUUCAUUCGACUGUACACCUUAACAGACUUUUCUGCUUUCGUUUAACAUUGUCCUAUAUUUAUUAUAUUGUUAGGAUGGAGUGACUGAAUUAUGUGAUUGUAUAGUGGUUUUCUGACUAUUCUAGUGAGCAUGGAUUUGGGAUUCACCUCCAACAAAAGCUUUAAAUUGUGGUAGCUAUUCAAGAGUUUUAUCCAUCUGGAUUCUAAAAAUCCUUACUGUUUGAAAUUGAUUUAAAAUAAACACUUGUUUAUUAAUUAUAUAUGUUUUCAUGGAGAGCUUACAACUUAUUACAAUGAAAUAAAAACAAUAUAGUUGUUGACAUAUUUUCCUUCUGAUCUAUAUUAUUUAGACUAGGGUAUAUAUAAUCCAUACAGUCACUAAUUUCUUUCUCAUUGUACUGUUAAAUACUUCACAUUUGCAAGUAGUGUACUAUAUUUCUGUCCAAAUGAUUUGAAAUGACUGAUGAAUUCUUCAAAUUGUUUUCAACAUGCUAAAUACUAUUCAUUAUUAAAUCAAUAAUAAAUUAAAGUAACCUGUGGUAUCAGUGAAGAAGAAAUAACGACAGUUAGCUGAAGUAAAUUUAACCUCAACGAUAUCAUCUAUUCAAGCUGUACAACCGAUUGCUUCUUAAACACCUUUCUGAAAAUUAUUCUGCUUAGUUUUCGAAAGUCGUAUGAAAAAACAAUCAACAUUUCAAUAUUGGAACACGGCCCCUUCAGACAAAUCCUUUAGAAUGAUUUAUACAAUCCAACGAUCUGAUUCGAGAAAAGCACACAUCAAUAACUUGUUCAGUUCAGAGGCGUUAGUGACCCACUUUUCAAACUUGAGCUCUGUGUGCAAGAACGACACGUCCAAACUAUCAUUUUUUCUCAUCACUGUGACAUGUAAUUUAAAUCGACCACAAUUCAGUUGUUAAUAUAUCCUUUAAUAUUUUAUUUUAAUCAUUUUAUUUCUAAUUGUUCAUUUUUAUCACUUUUAUUGUUCCAGACUUACUAUUCACCUUUCUCAUACUCGUCAAGUGAACAGUUAUCCUUUACAUAUUUAGUUUCAUCUUAUAAACUGUUUCUAAAUUUUAAUAGCUGAAUUCAUAAGUCAAUCUAAGCUAGAUCACUACUGGAAACCUGAAAGCAUUGGAUGGUCAUUUCACCUCAGCAGUGCACAUCUACAAUUCCGCACAACGGACUCAAACCCAAAACCUUCGGCUUCGCAAGUGAAUACCUAACCUCUAAACCAUUGAGAUAUCAUUCAGCAAUAUUAAUGUCUAACUUCAAUUUCUAAUUAUUAUGCUUUUUUUCUUUUAAGACAUGAAAUAAUGUAAUCUUUUUUCAAUUGACUAACUUAUUCAUUAAUUAAUUAACUAUUCAUACAGUUAUCAGUAGGAG